GGUCAGUGAGCUUGCGUCAGCUCCCACGUGUCGCCACGCACAUCGCCCCGAGCAAAGUACAGCCAGCCAGCAGCAAAACCCCCUACCAGAAUAUCUAGCAGCAGCAUUCGAGCGGGAUAGAAAUUAACAGAACAGCAAAAUUAGCAGAAUCAUCAUUCAGCGACCAGCAUACAGCAAGUAGCAAUCAGCAAUCCGUGAACAUAUCUAGAACAUAUACUGAAAAUGUUGUAUUUAAAUGAAUGUAGGUGAAGUAUGUGCCCAUAAAAUAUUUAAAUUGUUUAAAAAGUGUCAUAAUUACUCCUACAAACGCUUGUAAAAGCAUUUCUUGGUCAAACAACCCCCAUUUGUUCACCAAUAUGAGCAUGCACUCGUGUCAGUCACAGCCGCAGGCGGCGGCGGCGCCGGCCGCGCCGAGCACGGGCUCGAUCGCGGAGAAGCGCAAGCUUAUCCAGCAGCAGCUCGUGUUGCUGCUGCACGCGCACAAGUGCCAGCGCCGCGAGUCGCAAGCCAACGGCGAGACGUGGACGUGCACGCUACCGCCCUGCAAGACGAUGAAGGGCGUGCUCAACCAUAUGAUGUCGUGUCAGGUGGGAAAAAACUGUGCAGUACCUCACUGUUCAUCAUCAAGACAAAUCAUCAAUCACUGGAAACAUUGCAAAAAGAAUGACUGUCCGUGUCCUGUCUGUCUACCACUCAAACAGCCAGAUAGGACUAGAUCUGAUACUAUGAAUGCGGCUGCCGUGUCCCACGCUACAAUUGGCGUCGGCGUGGGCGUGGGCGUCAGCGGCGUGGGCGGCGCGGGCGCCAGCGUCGCCGCGCCGCACCAGCCCGUGCAGCAGCUGUUCCACCAGCAGCAGGACGUGCAGCAGCAGCAGCUCGGUGCUGGGGGGUUGCAGCUAAGCGGCGGGCCGGUGACGGCCAACUCCGUAUCGGGCACCAAGGAGUGGCACCAGUCUAUAACACCUGAUCGCAGAAACCACCUCGUGCAUAAACUGGUUCAAGCCAUUUCCCCUUCACCCGAUCCCACGGCAAUGCAAGACAAACUUAUGCACAAUUUAGUCGCAUACGCGAGAAAAGUAGAAGGCGACAUGUAUGAAAUGGCUAGUACGCACUCGGAAUACUAUCAUUUACUAGCCGAAAAGAUAUACAAGAUACAGAAGGGUUUGGAGGAAAAACGACAGAAGAGAAAAGAGCAGCAGUUGCAAGCGCAACAGCAACAGAACCAAUUGCAGCAGCAGCAGACUGGGGUUCUGCCCGGAGGGGGUGUGAUGGGCGGCGGCAAGGGCGUGCGCCCCGAGUAUAGCACUCUGUUAUCCGAAGUGUUUGCGGUGGAGAUAGACCCAGUAAUGCAGUCGCUGGGCUACUGCUGCGGCCGCAAGUACACGUUCAACCCGCAGGUGCUCUGCUGCUACGGGAAGCAGCUGUGCACCAUACCGCGGGAUGCGAAGUACUUCAGCUAUCAGAACAGUCUUAAAGCAUAUGGGGUUGUGUCCGAUAGAUACACCUUCUGCCAGAAAUGCUUCAACGACAUCCAGGGCGACACCGUCACGCUCGGCGACGACCCGCUGCAGCCGCAGACCGCAAUCAAAAAAGAUCAGUUCAAAGAAAUGAAAAAUGACCAUCUGGAACAAGAGCCCUUCGUAGUGUGUACAGAUUGCGGGAGGAAGCAGCAUCAGAUAUGCGUGCUGCACCACGACUCGAUUUGGCCUCAAGGCUUCUGCUGUGAUAAUUGUUUGAAGAAGAAGGGGGCCAAACGGAAAGAUAACAAGUUCAGCGCUAAGAAACUGCCGACGUCGAAACUCGGCAUAUUUAUUGAGACUAGAGUGAAUAAUUAUCUUAAGAAAAAAGAGGCUGGUGCUGGCGAAGUGCAUAUCAGGGUGGUCGCGUCGUCGGAUAAGCUUGUAGAAGUGAAGCCAGGAAUGAGAUCGCGAUUUGUAGAAUCCGGGGAAUUAGCGUCAGAAUUCCCCUAUAGAGCGAAAGCGUUAUUUGCAUUUGAAGAAGUAGACGGUAAUGAUGUAUGUUUUUUCGGAAUGCACGUGCAGGAAUACGGGAGCGAAAGUCCGUCGCCAAAUACGAGGCGUGUAUAUAUAGCAUAUCUAGAUUCUGUACAUUUCUUCCAACCGAAGCAGUACCGUACUGCCGUGUAUCACGAAAUACUAUUAGGUUAUUUGGACUACGCCAAACAAUUAGGCUACUCUAUGGCCCACAUCUGGGCCUAUCCGCCUUCAGAAGGCGACGAUUAUAUCUUUCACUGCCAUCCGCCCGACCAAAAAAUACCGAAACCGAAGCGAUUGCAGGAGUGGUAUAAGAAAAUGUUAGAUAAAGGAAUUGUAGAAAGGAUAAUAUUAGAUUAUAAAGAUAUUCUAAAGCAAGCCAUGGAGGACAAUAUCUCGUCGGCGGCGGAGUUGCCGUACUUUGAGGGGGACUUUUGGCCGAAUGUUUUAGAAGAGUCUAUCAAGGAGUUGGACCAGGAGGAGGAGGAGAAGAGGAAGCAGGCUGAAGCCGCUGAGGCAGUGGUAUUUCAGUCGUCAGAAGAGAGCGAACAAGGGCCGGACGGCAAGAAGAAGGGGCUGAAGAAAGCGAAGAAGUCGAACAAAACGAAAGCGGCGCAGCGGAAGAACAGCAAGAAGCAGAGCGACCAGCAGCAGGGCAGCGAUCUCAGCGCGAAGAUAUUUGCGACCAUGGAGAAGCAUAAGGAGGUGUUCUUUGUGAUACGGUUGCACUCUGCGCAGUCUGCCGCUAGUUUAGCUCCUAUUCAAGACCCCGACCCAUUAAUAAACUGUGAUCUGAUGGACGGUCGCGACGCCUUCCUCACUAUGGCGCGCGACCGACACUACGAAUUCUCCUCAACGAGACGAGCUUUCUUCUCAACGUUAUGCAUGUUGUACGAACUACACCAAAGCCAGGACAAGUUCGUGUACACGUGCAACAGCUGCAAGUCGCACGUGGAGACCCGCUACCACUGCACCGUGUGCGAUGACUUCGACCUGUGCGUGCCCUGCUACGACAAUGAGGGCCACCCGCACAAGAUGGAGAAGCUCGGCUUAGACCUCGACGUGGGCUCGUCGCCGGGCGAAAUGAAGCAAGCCAACCCGCAGGAGGCGCGCAAGCUGUCCAUCCAUCCAGCGACUGGAUGCAUCCAGCGGUGCAUCCAGUCGCUGGUGCACGCGUGCCAGUGCCGCGACGCGAAAUGCCGCCUGCCGUCCUGCCAGAAGAUGAAUCGCGUCGUCACGCACACCAAGAUCUGCAAGCGGAAGACGAAGGGCGACUGCCUGAUCUGCAAGCAGCUCAUCGCGCUGUGCUGCUACCACGCGAAGCAGUGCCAGAAGAGCAAGUGCUCGGUGCCGUUCUGCAGCAGCAUCAAGCAGAAGUUGAAGCAGCAGCAGGUGCAGCAGCGCGUGCAGCAGCAACAACUGCUGCGACGGCGCAUGGCAGCCAUGAACACGCGGGGCGGCGCCGCAGGGCCCAGCUCGCCGCCGCCCGCGCCGCCCGCGCCGCCGCUCGCCUCGCCGCCGCCCGCCAAGCCCGCCGCGCACGCGCUGCCGCACAACGUGCAGAAGGCGCUCGUACUCAAGUCCAACCCGCCGCUCACGGCCGCCUUCAUCAAGCAGCGCGCGCAGAAUGCCCAGAACCAACAACAAGCAAGCGGAGGUGUGAGCUCCGUGAGCUCAGUGGGCGGCGUGGGCGGGCACGUGGCGCUGGGCGGCGUGCAGCAGCCGCAGCAGUUGCAGCACAUGAUGCAGCCGCAGCAGCAGCGGCUGCAGCAGAUGCACCAGAUGAUCCCACAACAAGGACAAGUCGGCGGAGUGUCGAACGUCGGCGGCGUGGGAGGCGUCGGCGGCGUGGGCGGCGUGUCGUCCGUGGGGCUGGGCGGCAUGGCGGGCGGCGGCAACGCGUGGUUCAAGCCUGCGGGGCCCGCGGGCGGCGCGGUGGGCGGCGUGGGCGGCAUGGGCGGCGUGGGCGCGGUGGGCGGCGUGAUGGGCAUGCGCGGCGCGUACGCGGGCGCGGCGCCGCGGCUGGCGGCGCGCUACUUCCCGGGCGCGGUGCAGCGCUCGCCGCCCGCCACGCCGUCGCCGCGCCCGCCCACGCCGUCCGAGCUGCUGCUGCUGCGCCAGUCGCCCGCGCCGCCCGCCCCGCACCCGCCCGACGACCAGCUGCCGCCCAUGACGCCGCAGGACCAGCUCACCAAGUUCGUGGAGCAGUUGUAGUGUACAUAGCGCCGCGGUCGGCGGGGCUGUACCAUAUAGCCUAGCGCCCCGCCAACCCGCCCCCUACCCCCUACCCCCUACCCCCCAUCCCCCUUAUUUAUUGAUAUCGUCGCGAAGGACGUGUUAGUAUUACGAUGAACGAAUCGAGCGCUCAAUGUACAAAAUGUAAAUAUGAAACGAGUACAUCCUGUCCGCUUUUACGUAAUUGUAAGUUGUUCGUACCGUAGGUACAUUAUGAUACUUAUUCUGUUUAUUGUAAUUAAAUCAUUUUAUAAUAUAAUUAUGUGAUAUUAUA